AUGUCAUGGGAGCUGAAAGACAAGCUCUCCAAGCGACCUCAGGAACACAGUGUUUCUACGAUGCCCAUGGCGUUCUUCCCUCUGGACCAGAUCUCGGACCAGGCAGGACAGAUCAGUGCACGGGCCAAGGAGGAGAUCGGCAAGCUAGACCAUGACACAGUUCCUGCCGGCUACAUCGACCAGACGCGACUACUGUUGGCGCGUCUUGACCCGAAGACAAGUAGUCCCAUCUACGAGCUAACCGCGUUGCCCCGAUUUCUAUCAGGUCCCAAUCCACCUACCCCCGGGAAGCAUCAUAUCACGCUUUUGGUGCUGGUUAAUAUCCUGUUCUCUCGUGGAAGCAUUGCUUUUGCGGCGAACUUAGGUGAAAGAGGCACGCGAGCUUAAAGCGCGCUUCUUCAGUUGCACAAAUGUUAGAUGCCAUAGGAUGCGGGGCGUCGCUAGGACACAUUAUUUGUCUUUUUAUUCCGGGGAAAUGGCCGGUUCUGUGCGGCGAAGUUGUACCUCUUUAUACAACUGUACGUAGCAAGACAUGUUCGCCAAUGCUUUGCGGCACGCAAGGCGGCGCAUAC